AUGAAGAGCGAUAUACCACCAACAUUGGCUGUAAAGGAAGUUGGCCUCGGUCACGAUGCUUCAGCUGUCGCUGCUCGUCUACUGACUGAGCUGUCUUUGACGGAGCGUUUACAUCUUCUGGAUGGAGAUGUACCAUUCUGGGAGGGCCUAUGGGGAAUACUCUGUGAUCGAUAUAAUCGCAAGCCAUUCGUCAUGGGUGCAAUUCCUCGCCUCAACAUACCGGGAGUCAAGUUCACGGAUGGGCCCAGGGGCGUUGUCAUGGGCUCGUCAACUGCAUUUCCAAUUUCCAUGGCCCGGGGCGCCACCUGGGACAUUGAGCUUGAACGCCGUAUUGGCAACGCCAUCGGACUAGAAGCCAAGGCACAGGGCGCAAAUUACUUUGCCGGCGUGUGCAUCAAUCUUCCACGUCACCCAGCGUGGGGUCGCAUCCAAGAAACAUACGGAGAAGACCCAUUUCUGUUGGGUGAGUUUGGAGUUGCACUUACUCAGGGCGUUCAAAAUCAUAUCAUGGCAUGCGUCAAACAUUUUGCCUUGAAUUCGAUGGAGAAUGCACGAUUUCGAGUUGAUGUGGAGGUCGAAGAGGACGUCCUUCAUGAAGUCUACCUUGCUCACUUCAGAAGGGUUGUUGAAGCUGGCGUAGCUUCAGUAAUGUCUUCUUAUAACUCGGUUAACGGAGAAUGGGCAGGGCAAAGCAAGGCUCUCCUCACAGAUGUACUUCGGGAACAGUGGAAAUUUACCGGCUUCGUUGUAUCAGAUUUUAUUUUCGGCCUACGAGAUGCCGCACUUUCGGUCAAGAAUGGUCUCGAUAUCGAAGCGCCUUUCGCGCAGCAACGAGCAAUGCAUCUGGAGAAUGCCCUUGGUAACGGCGAACUAUCUUGGAUUGAUGUCAACAAAUCAGCCAGGAGAAUUCUACAAACACAGCUCCAGUUCGCCUCUCGAUUUCUCUCAAAGCCACCUGAUGCGUCAGUUGUCUUUUGCAAAGAACAUCGACAACUAGCCCGGGAGGUUGCCGAACGAUCAAUGGUGCUGCUAAAGAACGACACAAUCAACAGCACGCCUCUCCUCCCACUCAAAACCGCAGACAUGUCUCGUCUGGCUCUCAUUGGUCGCCUGGCAAACAAACCCAAUACCGGGGACAAGGGCUCCUCCCAGGUAUUUUCACCGACGGUGGUCACCCCUUACCAAGGACUCGAGGAAGGGAUACCCAACGUUGAAAUCAUUUUUGAAGAUGAUGACAGACCUGAGUCUGCUGCAAGAGCAGCCGAGAAAGCAGACGUUGCAGUUGUUGUCGUGGGCUACGACGCCAACGACGAGGGCGAAUAUGUGGUGCCUUCUCUCCAGAACGAUCCUGGCUUAUCGGAGCUGUUCCCCCCGACUAGCAAUCCUGACCAAGAGGAGAUGCUGUCGAUUGUGCAGGGUAACCCAGCUCAAGGCAAACAAAGUUCAACUUCGGCACUCGAAGUCGGUGCUGGCGGCGACCGACUGUCUCUGAGGCUGAGACCUCGAGAUGUUGAGAUUAUCAAUGCAGUGGCGUCUGUUAAUGCGAAGACAAUUGUUGUGCUUAUUUGCGCCGGCGCUGUCAUAAUGGAAGAGUGGAAAGGCAAAGUCCCUGCUAUCAUGAUCAGUUGGUACGCUGGGGCAGAAGGCGGCCAUGCACUCGCAGAUGUUUUACUGGGACGGGUCAAUGUUGGAGGCAGAUUACCAUUUUCUAUCCCACAAGAUGAGAGCCACCUCCCUGAUAUUGAUAUUGAAGCAUCGGCUAUCAAAUAUGAUCGUUGGUAUGGUCAAAGCCUACUCGACAAGCUUGGGGUUGAUGCUGCGUUUCCACUCGGAUAUGGCUUGUCUUAUACCGAAUUCAGGUUCAAUAACCUCGAAAUUGAGCCUAGAACGGAGCCCACAGGCCAUAAUGGUGUCAAGGUGGCCGUCGAUGUGGAAAACACAAGUCAAAGAUCUGGGCAUCACGUCGCCCAAGUUUAUGGACAUCCUAACAUGGCUGACUUUCCACACCGAGUCCUUCUUGGUUUUGGCAGCGUCUAUUUACAAGCUGGAGAGUUGAAGCGGGUAUUUGUCGAUGCAUCGUUGCGGCCGAUUGAACGAUGGGUUGAUGGUCAGUUUUGCUUGUUGGUUGAUCACUUCGAGAUUGAGGUUGCAGCAUACGCUGGGGAUAAACACGGAAUCCGUAAAGUGUAUCAGCUUUAG